CACAGCGACAUUAGCAGAGAAACGACGGGUAAUUGCCGUGUUUACGUUACGCGGACAAGAUGUUGUGGUUUUCAAAACAUGACAAACAAUUGUAAGAUCGACUAAAAGUGUCCCGUACUCUCCGGUCAUGGAUUCCGUAUUUGAGAGGCACUGCUCGGAGCUGGUGGCCCGAGAGAGGAGCGGACACACGGCUGUGGUGGAGGAGAACCUGCUGUAUGUGUGGGGAGGCUACAUGUCAAUUGCUGAUGAUGAAGUUUUCCUACCUAAUGAUGAAAUCUGGGCAUAUGACCUGCAACAAGGUGUAUGGGAAGUGUUUCACAUGACAGGGGAAGUUCCUCCCUCCAUGUCUGGGACCUGUGGCUGCUCCCUGAAUGGACACAUGUACAUAUUUGGAGGUUGUGAUGACAAUGGACAGACCAAUCAGAUCUACUGUGUCAACCUGACAGAUGGAAAAUACACGUGGAAGAAGAUCAUACAUGAGAUGGGUUCUCCUCCCUCACCUCGAGACAAACUGUCCUGCUGGAUUUAUAAAGGAAGGAUAAUCUACUUUGGAGGAUAUGGUCACAAACUACUGACUGAUGUUGACAGCAGGAACAGAAGCUUCAUUGUAGAUGAAGCUACAUGGGUGGAGGAUGUCUUCUGGGGAUGGAACAACGAGGUUCAUAUAUUUGACCCCAUGGAAGCCAGUUGGAAUGAACCACAAACCCAUGGUCGUGCUCCUGCCCCCAGGGCUGCCCACGCCAGCGCCACACUUGGCUGCAGAGGAUACGUGUGUGGAGGCAGAGUUAUGGAAUCCAGGACGAGUGACAUUCACUGUCUGGACCUUGAAUCAUGGACGUGGUCAGAAAUAAUCCCAGUGACCAACAAUCCAGUGGGCAGAUCGUGGCACACACUCACAGCAGUAUCAGACAGCACCUUGUUCCUGUUUGGAGGUCUCAGUGUAGACUGCAAACCAAUGAGUGAUGGGUGGCUGCUUGAUGUUGAAACAAAGAAAUGGAGAGAAGUGGAACAUCCCUAUAAGAACAAGCCAAGGUUGUGGCACACAGCGUGUCCAGGGAAAGACUCUGAUGUUGUUGUGUUUGGUGGAAGCUGUGACUACAUCCUCCUUGUCGACACUGGUCACUGCAAUGAUGCUCUCGUUUUCCAGAUGCAACCAUAUCCUCUAUUCAGGAUUUGUGAGGAUUACAUUGCCAAGAAUGUGAGGAACAAUGAUAUGCUCAGAAAUCAGCUUACUCUCCUGCCUCCUAAACUGCUCACAGCAGUACAGAGGAGGAUAUCUUUCUACAGGCCUUCAAAGAAGAAACAGUGUUAAUUAAAAGAAUGUGCUAAAUGCCAAGAACAAUGCAAUAACAUACACUUGUUUUUAUUUAAGUACUGUACUCCCCUCAGUGUGAUCAUCUUACUCACACUGUGGGGUAGCAUUUUUAUUUUUAGAAAAUACUGUGCAGAAUAUUUUAUGGUGUUAUAUUUUAUUAUUUUAUUGUUUUCCAGAUUUAAAUUUUUAUUUUGUACACUCUCUCUACACAACCCUCUAACAAACUGAUCCCAAGAUAAUGAUGAUUAAAUGAC